AUGCGAGUUGAAGACAUGAUCCCCAUCAAUGAUUCUAUGCCUGAAGAACAGCUUAUGGCAAUCAUGAUCUUGAAGGAGAGUUUUGAUGAGAAAGUCAGGCUGGAAGAAGUUAAGGCUCUGCGUGAUGAGAAUUUGCCAUGGUAUGCUGAUAUAGUGAACUUCAUGGUGUCCGGAGAAGUCCCUAGUAGCUUUGAUGCUUACAAGAGAAGAAAUUCUUCAAGGAUGCUAGGCAUUACUAUUGGGAUGACCUUACCUGUACAAGAGAGGACCAGACAGCAUUUACAGGAGAUGCAUGCUGAAGAGGAUGUGCAAGGAGUUCUAGAGCAUUGCCAUGGGUCAGCUUAUGGAGGUCACUUUGCUACAUUCAAAACAGCAACUAAGGUUUUGCAAUCGGGUUUAUGGUGGCCUACUUUGUUUAAGGAUGCAGCAGACUACAUUGCCAAACUUCAUGGGACCUUUCAAACCUCUUCAAACGGGCACAACUACAUUUUGGUUGCUGUAGACUAUGUAUCCAAAUGGAUUGAAGCCAUUCCCUGCCCAACCUGUGAUGCCAAGGUGGUUGUCAAGCUUUUCAGAACCAUCAUCUUUCCAAGGUUCGGCAUCCCAAGGGUUGUUAUUUCGGAUGGAGGCUCCCAUUUCAUCAACAAGGUGUUUGAAAAGUUGAUGAGAAGCCAUGGAGUCAACACAAGGUCGCCACGCCUUAUCACCCUCAAACCAGUGGGCAAGUUGAAGUCUCCAACAGACAGAUCAAGGCCAUAUUGGAGAAGACUGUCUCCUUUCAAUUUGCUGUAUGGGAAGGACUGCCACUUACCUGUGGAGGUCGAAUAUAAGGCUUUAUGGGCAGUAAAGAUGCUGAACUUUGAUAUAAAGGCAGCACAAGAAAGGAGGGUAAUGAACUUGUUUGAGUUGGAGGAAAUAAGAAUGAAUGCCUAUGAGAACUCUAGGAUUUACAAGAUGAGAACCAAGGCAGCCCACGACAAACUGAUUCGCCUUAAGGACUUCAAGGUUGGGGACAGUGUGCUCUUGUAUAACUCCAAGCUAAGGUUGUUUCCCGGGAAGCUGAGGUCAAAGUGGGCGGGACCAUUCAAGAUUCACGAAGUUCUACCCUAUGGGAUCCCUCACUUUGCUCAAUCAAGAGGGGAAGGAAUUCACAGUGAAUGGACAUAG